UAAUGUAGCUUUACUGAAUUAUUGGCCACAUUUCCUAAUUCUUUAUUGAAUACAUGGACAAAAGAAUCUUAAUCAUGCUUAAGAUUUGUUCACAGACUUAGUUGGCUGUAAUCACUUUAAAUCCACGGAUUAAAAAGAAAUGAGCAAGAAUUAAAAAGAUUAAAAAGAGAGUUCUGAAACAAAGGUCUUUAAUUAAAAGGAACAUAAAUAACAAUAUAUGACACGGAGUACUUUUGAAAUAAGAAACGACAAUGACGAGAAAGUCGACCCUUGUUGUCCUGGUAGUACUUCUCGUGCUGAUAGUGGUGAACCUGGUGGGUAUUGCCAUCCCUGUCUGGUACCACAAGGAGCACCAACACAGCAUCAACAACAGCACCAACAACAGUACCAGUGGUACCAGCAUCACCAUCAACACCAACCUGGCAUCAGCUUUAAACAGUGACACUACUUCAAAACCUGCCCACAACAAUCAGCCAAAAGAUGUAGAAGAUAAUGUUGACACAACUUCUGUGGUGACAGAUCCCAGCUCUGAUGAUGUCACGAUCAUUGAAGAUGAUUCCACACCUGACAGAUGUGUGGUUCACAUGCACAUCCUGGAAGGGCUGUGGCAGCGCCAUUGUAUCGAGACCCAUCGAGAGGGGCGCUUCUGUGAGGUGGACAUUCAAGAGUGGUGUGACAAUCUCCAGUUUUCCGAGUACAACAGUUUUGUCCUGGGCACCCAGAUCCUGGGGGACAUUAUCCUGCUGUUUGCCCUACUAACCAUCGUGAGAGCGCUGUGUAAACAUGGGAACUACAACAUAGAGAUGGUCGGUAGUGAGAUCGGAAUUGGAGGUAUUCUGAUGAUACUGGGGGUGAUGGUUUACGCAGCAGCUGACACAGGGGAGCUAGGAUACCAGGCGCGGGACCUGCAUGUGGGGUGGGGCCUGUGUGUUGGUGGUGGGGCUGCCUGCUUCCUUCUCGCAGUAUACUGCAUGUGCCGACAUGUGUAUGACUCCAGCCCCCGGAUACCUUCUGGAUACUUUCCCAUAAAUGACGAUGACUUGGAUGAUGAACUCUUGCAGUUGGACGGGUCACAGGCAAUAUGAACAUUCAUAAUCUACAAUCUGCAGGUGUUAAAAUGUUUAGAAAAUGUGCAAGAAAUGCCAUCCAUAUUGUGAGUUUUAUCACAGAGGAAAGGAAACUUAGCUUCAACAUCCCUACUGGGUAGGGCAGUGUAAAAUGUGUACCGAACGAAAAUGCUAUUUUACAGUGUAUAUCAAAAAUGAGAUUAUAGCAUUGUUCCCAGCUGUAAGCAUAGGGUCGAUGUCCACAUAUCUCCUAAAGAUUUUUGUUCACUGAAUUUGUGCAAUACCAUUAUUAAACAUGCAAAAUAGGAA